AUCGAACGAAUUAUCGCUUGGCUACGCGAGCGAGUAUUUCAUCAGAUGUAACAUCUUACAAAAUCGAACCAAUUCUUGAAUUAUGGCGGGGCUAUGCGUAUAUUUCAUCGGAUGUAACGUCUAGAAAAACGAGCCUAUUAUAAUGAAAGGAGGAAGAUAAGGUGGGCAAUGAGGAAUUUUAUAAGUUGUGACCACCAAAAAAAUCAGAAAAGGCUCUAAAUCUAAUAGCCACCCAUCCUAUUUAGCUUCCUCAAUAAAUACUUGUCAUUUUUCUUCACUUUUUCACCAACAAUCUCAUGCUCUUCUUGUGCACAUUUCACUCUUCUUUUUCCACACACUGAUAGAUAGAUAGAUAGAUACUUUUGUAUGUAUGUAUAGAUCUUGACAUGGCAGCCUGCGGCGGCAUAGAGCAAAUCUUCGAGAAGCCAUUGCCGGAAUCUCAGAACUUUCUAGAAGCCCUUUCGCCGUGGAAACACAUCAAAGGCUUGAAGUCCAACAACAGAGUCGAUGAGUCAUCCUUCACUGAGUUAUUCGGUGAAUUGCAUUUCAAGGAAACUCCUUCUUCUUCUUCUUCUUCGGUUGGAGAUAUCGAGAGAGGGAGGGGCAGUUUUGCCCCUCCCUCUGGUCGGAGGAAGCACAACCAGAGCUUCUCCUCCGACAGCCUCUCCCUGUGCACGGAGGGGCUAGGGUUCGAGAGCUUCGACGACGUGGAGGAGACGUCGAGGCACGAGGAAUUCUGUGGUAGAGAGGUGCGGCAGCACGGGGGUGGGGAGAGGAGCGUGGCGAGGGAUUUGGAGAAACAACGGGGAGAGUCGGCUAGGGCGGCGUUUCCGCCGCCGAUCUCGUGCAUCGGGCGGAGCGGGAAGCCGUGGGUGUGGUUCAAGUCGUAUAGGGAGGAUGGGAGGUUUAUUCUCAAAGAGAUUCGGAUUCCGACGCAGGAGUUCUUGCAUGCAUGCCGCGAAGACGGCCGCCUCCAGAUGCGGUUCGUGCAGUCUGACGACGAGGACGAGGCCGUCGCAGAAGAGGACGAGAUCCAGGCGGAGGUCGUCGACGAUCAAGACGAAUUGUAAUUUCUACUUUUUCUACUUUUUAAGUAUAGUAAAAUUGUAAUUUCACGUGGAAUCGAAUAUUUUCUUUCUAAAAAAUUGUAAUUUCACAUUGAUCCGAUGCUCCAAAUGAAGAUAGCAGUUUGAAUUUUAGUCGUACAUGACGUGACAUGUAUUGAUGAAAUAAAACAAAGCAGAUUUAGAUUGUAA